AUGCCAGAAAUGGAAGCAUGCCGUGUUUGCGGAGAUGGAAAUGCAAAGACUCACUAUGGAGUCGUCACGUGCUUCGGUUGUAAGGGAUUCUUUCGUAGAACACUCAAACGACCAUCUGAAUAUCAAUGCCGUCACAAUGGCACAUGUGUCGUUGAUCGACAUGAACGCAACUCAUGUCGUUAUUGUCGUUUCAAGAAAUGUAUCGAAGUUGGAAUGGAUCCAAAAGCUGUUCGUCCCGAUCGAGAUGCCACUGGUCGCCAUUACCAAGGACGACAACGUCGUUCAAAGCUGAGCACAGAUGAUGAAGGCGAAAUCGACGCAGAAUGGAUUCGUAAACUCCCAGUUGAGAUGCGCACAACGCUCAUGCAAAUCAUGAAUAUCGAUUUGAUGGUUGGUAGUGGAGACGGAAACAUAGACGGGACAAUGCUGUAUCCAUUAAGUUUCAAUUCUAUAAGACGUGUUUUGGAGGAUCCAUCUGUGCUAGAUGGCAAGCGAACAGAGAUGCGCUAUGACUCGUUCCGAGAGAUAGAGCCAGGCGAACUUCCAGCCAUUGCACAUCGAAAUCUACUUUCUGCCAUAGAUUGGGUCGAUCACCUCUUCGACAUCAUGGAUAUCCAAAGCUUGGAUGAUAAGGUGGCGACUGUAAAACACUGCUUUGCUCCAUUGAUGGUAUUCUGCUUCAGCGUCAUUACAGCAAAAAACACGAAUAAACAGGACACCAUUACCCUCUGUAAUUACGGUCACAUCAGACGAGAUUGUGGCGUGCGAUGGAAUGAACCAUAUCAUUUUGGAAAUCGUCUAGCUGAGCGAGCGCUGGACGAGCUGAUCAGUCCUUUCCGUCGGAUGAACAUCAAGGAGGAAGAAGCUGCUUUAAUAAAAGCUAUCAUCAUAGCCAAUCCAUAUAUCAAAGGACUAUCGGCGGAAGCGUCGGAAACUAUUGCUGAUAUGAGGGAUAGAAUUCAGGAGACACUUUAUCAUGUCGUUAGAGAGACACAUCCUAAGGAGGUUGCAUCAUCACGAUUUGGGAAUCUUCUGCUUUUCAUACCGAGUGUUAUGAUGCUCGGAUCGCUGGUGCGUGAAAAUCUGCAAGUGGUAGAUUCAUUCGGGCAUAUGCCAGAUCAGCUGAUGCAUGAUGUGCUUCGAGAAGUCGCUGUAGAUGCAAACCAAAAUCAAGCACAGAACAACUCCGAUUAUGAGAUUCCGGACAAUCGACAGCACUAUGAGGGUUCGAUGCUUCAUUCGGCUUCAUCAACAUCGGUUGAAUCGCUCUCAGGAUACAGCGGUGAUUACUCGUGUAAUACUGACGGCAGCCAGGGAGGAUUACCAUAUAACUUAUCCAGCAACUCGCUCCCGUCAACAUUGUCAAACUAUCAAAAUGCAAUCAACAACGCUGCGUCUAUGCCAAACUUGGAUCACAUGCCUGAGUGCGAUCCGGACUAUAACGUCACUUUGACUCCGGACAUGUACUGCGACAUGCGUCAAGCAAUGUCCAUGACGCAUAAUAUGGACACAUCGGCCCUUGUGCCCGAACAAGUACACAAUAGCAAUGGUUCGUUGCCAACCAGCCCUACAACAGCUGCUUCGAGACCUUCGUUCUACAUCGAGAGUAGUCGGCAUACAUUCACGGUCACAACGAACGUCGACAACAGAUAUCCUAUGUAUCCCGGAAUGCCAUGUCAGAAUAACACGAAUUCAAUGCAGCCACCACUUGCUCCGCAGGAUCCAGGCUCUGUGCCUUCACAUCAGCAUCAGCAGCAGCAUCUUUGCAAGUCGAACUCCCUCCCACUUCAAUAUUACGAAUGUGAUCAGUACAACAAUCAGCAAGCAAUGGAUUAUGACGAUAGCUAUUAUCAAUAACGCUUGCAAACUUCAUCUAUUUUGUAAAUCGGAACGAAUAUGGGUUGAUUGCAGUAAUCAAACAAGUUGUGUGCCUUUGUACGAUUUUUCAUAAUUAUUUUCCUCUCGAAAUGCUCACAUUUUGAUUGUCAAAGCCAUGAAAUUUUCACACCUCAGAUUAUGUUCACUUUUUUCUUGCCAUUGAUUUUGAAUGAACGAUCUAAACGCGCG